AUGGCACAACAACACAAUAAACCCCACCGGAUAGCUCAUUUAACAGGCGGCGCCGUUUCAGGCAUGUCGGCAUGUGUCAUGCUACAGCCUCUCGACUUGAUCAAGACCCGUUUACAACAAUCGCGACAUGACAGCAUGCGAUCGGGUAUCACAAUACCACCCCAUAGAAACACAUUAUACUGGACUGUACGGGAUAUUAUAAAGACCAAUGGCGUAGGUGGAUUAUGGCGUGGUACAUUGCCAACCAUUGUCAGAAACGUCCCUGGUACUGCAUUGUACUUUGCGGCCCUUUCGGAAAUCCGACAUUUGCUAAAUGCAACCCGACCUACUAUGCACCGAUACAUGUCAUCACGAGCUCGACACGGCGAAGAAAGGUGGGAAAAUUUGGUGGCAGGUGCAGCAGCACGUGGCUCGGUAGGAUACAUGAUGAUGCCUGUCACUGUACUCAAAGUACGCUACGAGAGCAAUUUAUAUAAUUACAAGAGUAUAUCUGAAGCAUUCCGACAUAUUAUUCAAACCGAUGGCAUACGAGGCUUAUUUGCUGGUUUUGGUGCUACGUUUAUUCGAGAUGCUCCUUUUGCUGGUAUCUACCUCUUCUUUUAUGAAAAGUUCAAAUCAACUGCCAAUGGGUGGAAAGAACGUCGCGAUGUACCAAUAGCCAACAUGGCAGUGAAUCUCGGUGCAGGGGUAGUGGCAGGUACAGCUGCAACAUGUAUUACCCAACCAUUUGACAUGAUCAAGACUCGGAUGCAAUUGGAUCGAAAGUUGUAUAGGACAACAUGGUCAACAGCCAAACGUGUGUUUAUGGAAAAUGGUCUACGCGGGUUUUUUGAUGGCAUCAGCUUGCGACUUGCACGAAAACCAUUGAGUUCGGCCAUUUCUUGGGCUGUUUAUGAGGAAAUUGUACGAUUCUUCCCGAGGCGGGAAACGGUGUCUCAAACGGCUGUGUAG